CUUCAUCUAGCACAUGCAGCAUCCAUCAUAUCGCAAUCCACUUCCUAUCCACUCAACGCUCAUUCGAAUAUCCGAGGUCCUAAAACCAACCUAACAAUUUCUAAUAAAGUCAUAUCUCCAGACGGUUUCGCGCGCUCUGCAACGCUUGCUGGAGGAACAUUUCCAGGUCCAAUUAUCGCAGCCAAGAAGGGAGAGAAAUUCGAGAUAAAUGUCGUGAACAGACUCACUGACGAUGGAAUGCUCAAAAGCACCAGUGUGCACUGGCAUGGACUCAAUCAGAACGGGACUAACUAUGUAGAUGGAGUCUCGUUCGUCACUCAAUGUCCCAUUGCGCAAAAUCACUCCUUUCUGCACUCCUUCGAUGCUGGGGAACAGACGGGAACCUACUGGUAUCAUAGCCACUACUCGACACAAUAUUGCGAUGGCCUUCGUGGGGCUUUGAUUAUCUAUGAUCCUGAAGAUCCUCUAUCCUAUUUAUACGACGUUGACGAUGAGACCACCGUAAUCACACUCGCUGACUGGUACCAUGUGGUUGCCCCUGUCCUGAGCCAUCUAAACAUUGGUGGCAUCACUGGCAAUUCAACACUCAUCAACGGUCUUGGCCGAUACCAAGGGGGACCCAAGAGCAAACUUGCGGUGGUCAAAGUGAAGCACGGGAAGCGAUACCGCCUACGCCUAGUAGCAAUGUCCUGCCAUUCCAACUUUAUAUUCUCCAUCGAUAACCACAACCUGACGGUCAUUGAAGCGGACGGUGAGCUGACAGAGCCCCUCCUCGUGGACUCGCUCCAGAUACUUGCUGGUCAGCGAUACUCUGUUGUGCUCCAUGCGAAUCAAUCAGUCGACAACUACUGGAUACGCGCAUUCCCAAACACUCCAGACUCAAGCUUCGUCGAUGGCCAGAGCUCUGCUAUCUUGCGAUACAAUGGUGCACCCGUUGCAGAGCCAACUACAAACCAGACAACAAGUACUAUGUCGUUAGUUGAGACCAACUUGCAUGCGCUCAUCAAUCCCGGUGCACCCGGGAUUCCAGAGUACGGAAAGGCAGAUAUCAACUUGAAAAUGGUGAUCAGCAACACAGAUGGACUAUAUUCGAUCAACAAUGUAACAUUCACGUCCCCCACGGUGCCCGUACUGCUCCAGAUCCUCAGCGGCGCACAAGAUGCAACCAAACUCCUUCCGAAUGGAAGCGUUUAUGUUCUAGAAGCUAACAAGGUCGUUGAACUGACGAUGUUGACUGCUUUCUAUGGUGCUCCUCAUCCGAUUCAUCUUCACGGUCAUAACUUUGAUGUCGUGCAGAGCGCCGGAAGCAGCUCUUUCAACUAUGUCAAUCCCGUCCGCAGGGACGUAGUAUCCGGAGGGGUUCUUGACAACCAACAGAUGGUGAUUAGAUUUGUCACAGAUAACUCCGGUCCAUGGUUCCUCCACUGUCACAUUGACUGGCAUCUUGAAGCUGGUUUCGCUGUAGUUAUGGCCGAGAGUCCCUCGGAGACUCGGAAGCAUCUGGGUCACAUACCUACCGCAUGGCACGACCUUUGCCCGAUAUUCGACUCGUUAACCCCAACCCAGAUUGGAGCGGAGAAUUCGUAUAAGGAAGCACAGAAUAUCACCACAUCACUAUUUCCUCUCACAUAGUGUUCACUGUUGUAUAAAUCGAAGAGAUAGCGCUACCGGGACUCUUAUAACGGAGGCCGUUUUGUACUACAAACACUAUAGCACCUGUGAUAACGUAGCCUAUCAUCGAUCAUCUCACCCACCACCUUUCUGUGUAAUCCAUACGAGUUGUCCAGACUACGU